AUGUGGAAGGCGUCGGACAAGUUGAUGGAGACCAUCCGGCACUAUGCCAGCUUCCCCGCAACCGGAGUCUCCCUCAGGCAGAUGGUCCAGUUCGGAGAGAGGCCAUCACCUGAAAGAGAACAGCGAACACUAACGGGCGAUUUGACUUGCUUAGGGACUCUUUUUCGUGCCUCACAGUUUCUCUCUGAAGAGCUCCCGAUCCGCUUGGCUCACCGGGUGCAGGAGCUGAAUGAACUACCAGACGGGCUCAAUGAGAUGCCCUCGAUCAAGAAGGUCCAGGACUGGUAUGCAAUGUCGUUUGAGGAAAUCAUCAAUGUUCCCAAACCCACUUUGAGCCAAGAGGUUAGGGAACGCCUGAUGCGGUCCAGCAAAGGAAAUGGUGGCGAGUCGAAGAUUCUGAGUGAAACAACCUGGAACCCCAGUGUCAAGGAGGGACAGUACCGGUCCAGUCCGGACGUCAAAUCAGUGGGCACUCGAAGAUAUUUCGUACCGUCUGAUGACGGAGGCGACUGGCCUCCAGAAAUCGAUGACUACAACCAACGAUUUGCCAAAACGCUCAAAAACAUCAAGCGGAGACACGACGGUGUCGUGACCACAGUGGCACAGGGUAUCCUGGAAUAUAAGCGGAAGCGACAGCGCCUUCAGAUCGACUCCACGAUCCAGGCCUUUCUUGACCGCUUCUAUAUGUCACGGAUUGGAAUACGGAUGUUGAUCGGCCAGCAUGUUGCCUUGACCGAGCAAACCCACGCACAUCAUCCGAACUAUGUUGGGAUUAUUUGCACCAAGACCAAUGUCCGGGAAGUGGCGCUCGAAGCGAUCGAGAACGCGCGAUUCGUUUGUGAAGACCACUAUGGACUUUUCGAAGCCCCCAAGGUGCAGCUGAUCUGCAAGCCGGACCUGCACUUCAUGUACGUGCCGGGACAUCUGUCGCACAUGCUCUUCGAGACUCUUAAGAACUCCUUGCGCGCUGUGGUGGAGACGCACGGUGCUGAAAAGGAAGAGUUCCCUGUGAUCAAAGUCAUUGUUGCGGAGGGCAGAGAGGACAUCACGAUCAAGAUCUCCGACGAGGGUGGUGGCAUCCCUCGAUCGUCAAUUCCUCUGGUUUGGACAUACAUGUACACCACCGUCGACCAGACUCCGAGCUUAGACCCAAACUUUGACAAGAGCGACUUCAAGGCGCCCAUGGCCGGGUUUGGGUAUGGCCUGCCCAUCAGUCGUCUGUACGCCAGAUAUUUCGGUGGAGAUCUAAAGCUGAUCAGUAUGGAGGGUCAUGAGGGACGGUCGUGCACGGUUUACUUCAUUCCCUCGGUUACAUCCAUUCUAUCCGGAGCCUCCAGCGGCACCGCCGUCCCAAGGAUUGACGCCUAUGAAUGUGCAAGCGCUCCGCUCGAGGGUGCGGAACAGGGAGGUUUCGGAACGCAAACAGGUCGGAGACGCGGAGAGCGUCAUCCAUGCGCCGUCUCGAUGAGCACGGGUACAAUUCGCACGCGCCAUCAUGGUGGACGUUGGGCAGCUAUGGCCGUACUGCCAGUGCCGACGCAGCGGGACCAGAUUAUUCCUGCGGAACUCUUCCUACCAGGAUUAUUCUUUGGAAAGAAGUUGGGAUCCUCAGCGACAGGAAAAGCCGUGGAUUACACAACUGUCCAUGGUUCCUCAACAAGCAGGUAA